GCCAUGUCUGUUCGUGAGAUUGAAACAAUCUGACGACAUCAAACAUGUCAUAACUCCAUAGCAAACGUGUGCCACUUUUGUCAAUUGGUACCACCUCAAAUCUCACGAGGAAAUCAAUGUGGAUGAGAGGAAUGGUUGGGUGGUGUCGUCCAACAAACCUACUCGGGUCCUAUUUCUAGGGGACAGUAUGUUGACCCAAUUGGAGUUGUGACCGUGACCUCGACCCACAUUGUACAUUCAUCAUGUCUACCUCACCCGAGGAUUCCUUUAUCCGGACCAUUGAGUGGGAAAUGCUCGACAAGAGCAAGUUCUUUCCCCUCUCGAUGGCCAGUUCGUUCACUGUCCGAUGUGGAUUGUACCCGCUGUCCUUGGUUCGAACCCGGUUACAGGUCCAGUAUCGCAAUGAUGUGUAUAAGGGCACUUGGGAUGCCUUUGGGAAGAUCAUACGGACGGAGGGCUAUCGGGGUCUCUAUCGAGGAUUCUGGGUAUCCGCCUUUCAAGUGGUGUCCGGGGUCUGCUACGUUUCCACUUAUGAAGGGGUCAGACAUCUAUUGGAUAGGAGUAACGUGACGAAUUCGGCCUUGAAAGGCUUUGUGGGCGGAGGGUGCGCCUCGGUAGUUGGUCAGACGAUCAUUGUACCUUUCGACGUGAUCAGUCAGCAUCUCAUGUUAUUAGGGCAAUCUCGGGGGCGGGGCAGUAACCCGUUCAAUAUCAAGCAAGAAGGUCGAAGCAAGGCUCAAAUCGUGAGUGACAUUGCGCGAGCCAUAUAUGUCACCGACGGUUUGCGCGGCUUUUACCGCGGCUAUGUGGUCUCUUUGUGCACCUAUGUGCCGAGUAGUGCCUCUUGGUGGGCGUUCUACCAACUCUUCCAGGACUUCUACGGCAUGCUCACCCCGGUGGUGUUGCCCCACAUGGUGAUUCAGUGUGUGUCGGCCAUGUCGAGUGGGUGUGCUUCGUGCUUGAUCACCAACCCCUUGGACUUGAUCCGGGCCCGUGUCCAAGUCCAAAGACGGACCAUCCCAGAAACUGUGCGAAGCUUGUGGGCCACGGAAGGUAUGGGCAUCUUCACUAAGGGCUUGACCGCUCGCAUGACCUCAUCUGUGAUCUAUAGUAUGGCCAUAAUCUUUGGUUAUGAGACAGUGAAGCGGUGGAGUGUACAUGAAGAGUACAAAAGCCAGAUAAAGUGGUAGUUCUUAGGCAAUGGAAAGACAGACCUCUCUCUCUUUUUGGUGUUUUUUUUUUUUUUUAUCAUGUGCAUCGCUAGAAGUUCUAACUCGGUGCACCUCCUCCCUCCCAUCUUUCCCCCAGUGUCUUUUCUCUUGGAUGGAGGAUAGGACGGACCGACCUAUCAUGUAAACAAAUGUUACCUAUCAUUAUAUCAACCAAUGUACACGUUGACCGUAAUAUACGUGCGAGGCAUUAAACGAUAUCUCCUUUAGGGACCAAAAGGA